CGCAACUGGCUGCUGUGUUCCUCUGUGUCGCCCAAUUUCUUGUGCAGUAUGGGAGGACGGUGAAAAAAAAGGGAGGGGGUAGCCUGAGAUUAGUGGGAGUGAACUGGGAAGGUCGGACGACAAUGAAGGAUACUUUUGCAAACAUCUUCCGAAGCCUAUGUUCGAGCCAGUUGGUAUAGAUAGGCGCAUCGCCUGCCCCACUGAGCUCCCAUGCGCUCACAAUCUCGGUGGGGGUCUUUGUUACCCAUCGGCCCACCCUACCGUCGGUCGGAGUAAUUUCUAGCCAGGAUCAUCCAAGCAUCAGGAUCUCAGUAUUGAGAAGCUUGUGAACUGUGUGGAACAAAAGUGUAUGCAAGAUACUGGAGAUGGCGCAUUCACAACAGAACAUUAAUUGUAGCCUGGAUGACAUUGAUCUCAAUGCUUUAAAGGACCCGGCCGGCAUAUUCGACCUGAUCGAGGUGAUCGGCAAUGGCACCUACGGCCAGGUGUACAAGGGUCGCCACACCAAGACGGGCCAGCUGGCGGCCAUCAAGUGCAUGGAUAUCACGGAGGAUGAAGAGGAAGAGAUCAAGCUGGAGAUUAACGUGCUGAAGAAGUACUCGCACCACAGGAACAUCGCCACCUACUACGGCGCUUUCAUCAAGAAGUCGCCCCCGGGCAAGGACGACCAGCUAUGGCUGGUGAUGGAGUACUGCGGCGCCGGGUCGGUCACCGACCUCGUCAAAUCCACGAAGGGCCAGUCGCUGAAGGAGGAGUGGAUCGCCUACAUCUGCCGCGAGAUGCUGCGCGGCCUCAGUCAUCUGCACGCCUGCAAGGUGAUCCACCGCGACAUCAAGGGCCAGAACGUGCUGCUCACCGAUAACGCCGAGGUCAAGCUGGUGGACUUCGGUGUGAGCGCCCAGCUGGACCGCACCAUCGGCCGGCGCAACACCUUCAUCGGCACGCCCUACUGGAUGGCGCCCGAGGUGAUCGCCUGCGACGAGAACCCCGAGGCGACGUACGACAACCGCUCGGACCUGUGGUCGCUGGGCAUCACGGCGCUGGAGAUGGCCGAGUCGCAGCCGCCGCUCUCCGACAUGCACCCGAUGCGCGCGCUCUUCCUGAUCCCGCGCAACCCGCCGCCGCGGCUCAAGACCAAGAAGUGGAGCAAGAAGUUCCACAGCUUCAUCGAGACGACGCUGAUCAAGGACUACCACCAGCGGGCGUACACGGACCAGCUGCUGAAGCACCCGUUCAUCAAGGACCAGCCGACCGAGCGCCAGGUGCGCAUCCAGCUCAAGGACCACAUCGAUCGCAUGAAGAAGCACAAGGCUCAGCGAGACCGCGAGGAGAGCUUCAACUACUCGGGCAGCGAGAACGAGGAGGAAGAGGAGACGGCCACGGCCGGCGAGCCGUCCUCCAUCGUACAGGCGCCCGGCGAGAACACGCUGCGCAAGAACUUCCAGCAGAUCCAGGAGGGGCGCGCCGCCGCCGCCGGCGAGGAGCGCGAGCGGCGGCGGCGCGAGCGCGAGCGCGAGCAGCCGGCGCCGCGCUCCGCGCAGCAGUUCAAGCCGCCGCCGCGCAAGCCGGAGCCGGCGCCCAGACGACCGCAGGACCUGGACGUGUUCGCCGCCCAGCUGAAGGAGCUGGGUGGACUAGGGGCGGCCGCCUCCUCCCGAGCCUCAGCCACGGCCAACGGCAACAACCAUGCUCCAGUCCAGGAGGACAGCAGCGACGAGGAGGAGCCGGGGCCGCCGCGCAACGACGGCACGCUGCUCGCGUCCGACUCGCCCAAGCCGCUCGCCCAGUGGCAGAGCACCGACCGCGAGCCGGGUGAGCCGCCCGUGCGCAAGCCGCCCAGCCAGCCGCCGAACCGGCCGCUGCCGCCGACGCCCGACGAGGACGGCGACGGCACGCUGGUGAUGCGUCGGAACCGCGAGGAGCAGCGCCACCGGCACGCCGACUCGUCUCCGGGCCCGGUGGGCACGCCCGGCUCGCGCACCAGCACCGUGCUGCCCGACCUGCUGCCGCAGACCAGCUCCAGCCCGGGCAACGGCCGCCACCUAGACAAGUCGACGUCGGAGGAGUACCGCUCGGCUGUGGGCCAGCCGGCUCAGUCGCCGCUCCAAUUGCAGCACAAGCAGAAGUCGUUCCUGACGUUCGGCUUCGGCGCCGGCGGCAGCAGCCGGCGCGAGAGCCACAUCAACGUGAACGUGACGCCCACGGGCCACGAGGUCAGCUCCACGGACACGCCCGAGAUCCGCAAGUACAAGAAGAGGUUCAACUCGGAGAUCCUGUGCGCCGCACUCUGGGGCGUGAACCUGCUCAUCGGCACCGAGAACGGCCUCAUGCUGCUGGACCGCUCGGGCCAGGGCAAGGUGUACCAGCUCAUCUCUCGGCGCCGCUUCCAGCAGAUGGAGGUGCUGGAGGGUCAAAACAUACUGGUCACGAUCAGCGGCAAGAAGAACCGCGUACGCGUCUACUACCUGAGCUGGCUCAAGAGCAAGAUCCUGAAGUCGGAGUCGCAGCAGGUGGAGAGAAGGAACGGCUGGAUCAACGUGGGCGACCUCAACGGCGCCGUGCACUUCAAGAUUGUCAAGUUCGAGCGGAUCAAGUUUCUCGUCAUCGCACUGCGAGAGAGUAUCGAAAUAUACGCCUGGGCGCCCAAGCCCUAUCACAAGUUCAUGGCCUUCAAGAGCUUCGGCGAGCUGGCGCACCGGCCGCUUCUGGUCGACCUCACCGUCGAGGACAACACCCGGCUGAAGGUCAUCUACGGCUCCUGCGACGGCUUCCACGCCGUCGACCUCGACUCGGCCUCCGUGUACGACAUCUACCUGCCGAAGCACGCGCAGGGUCCGAUCGUGCCCCACACGAUCGUCACUCUUCCCAACACGAACGGCAACCAGUUGCUGCUCUGCUAUGACAACGAGGGCGUCUACGUCAACACCAACGGCAAGGUCUCCAAGAACAUCAUCGUGCAGUGGGGCGAGAUGCCGACGUCCGUGGCGUACAUCGGCACCGGCCAGAUCAUGGGCUGGGGCAACAAGGCCAUCGAGAUUCGCUCCGUCGAAACGGGACAUCUGGACGGCGUGUUUAUGCACAAAAAGGCGCAGAAGCUCAAGUUCCUCUGCGAGAGAAACGACAAGGUGUUCUUCUCGUCGGCCAAGGGCGGCUCCGCCUGCCAGAUCUACUUUAUGACACUGAACAAGCCAGGCAUGGCCAACUGGUGAGCCGGCCGCCCGCCGCACCGCUCGCGCGCGGGCGCCGCGGCGGACGCGCCUCCCGUCGCGCCCGCACUGUGACGGCUUGCGGCCGCGAGCUUAGCGGCGGCAUGCGGCGCGCUCGGCGUGGCAGCACAAGAUGGCGGCCGUGCUGGGCGCAGUGACGGCCGCUGCCGCCUGGACGCGGCGCGCGCGGCCCCCGGCUCGCAGCGGCAUGUAAUCUCUCAGCAUGCUGGUAGUUGCGCGGCGCCGGUCGCGGUAGGACCUUGUUUAUCCGAUUUUCGCGGCGCUCCCGGCCGCGCGGUCGCCGGCCACGCCACGGAAGGCCGCCAGGCGGCAGGUCGAUCGGAGCCCGGCCGGCGGACACUCUUUGUGUUGCGAAUAUUAUUUUGUUACAGUUUGGAACCCAAACAUAGAAAACCCGUUUUACACGUGCGCGUGCAAGCGAGACGUUUUUGCGCGUGUGCACGCGCGCGCCUGCGUGCGUGUCGCCGCGCCGGUCGACUGCUAACAGUUGUAUGUGGGCGUGCUGUAGAUGUAGUUUGUAACACUGGCGAGCUCAGUCGAUCCCUUCGUACGGCGGCGUCAGCCGAAGGGCCCCGGCGGUUUUAAUCGGAACGGUGUUAAUCGAAACCGUGGAGCCUGUCUGCCCGCCCGUUCUCCCGGUAUCGUGCUGCUACAGGAAAGGCCUGCCCGCUGCGGCUGCCCAGUCGCCAUUUUGUAUCCGCUCUCAUCUCGUUUUGUUUAAUGCUUUAUGGAUUUGACUGUGCCGGGAGUGAUGCGUGCGCGCGCCUGGCGCGGCUGGUCUUCCCGUGGUGUGGAGGGCGGCGCCGCGGCGGCCGGCACGACCGGCGGGAUGGGUCGCGGCCCUGAUAGACGACCGCCGACGGAGCGCCGCUGAGCCGCGCGCCCGACCGGCAGCCGGCCGCCGAGCCGCCCGAGACCGGCGCCCGCCCGUCUCGGUCCAGCUAUCGUCUGGUAACUGUCUGGUAGCCGUCUGACACGCUCGGUUGGGACGUCGCUCUGCUGGGCAGCCAGCAGCCCCCGUGACGUGCGUAUGGUAGUCCUCGCUUUUGUACCGGUGCGUAUCAAAUCCCCGCAGCAAAAGCCCUCUGCGAUGCUUUUAUUCUCAAACUGUGCUCGACAUUUGUCUGAUAGUUUCUGUAUUUCUUGCCUCACUGUAAAUAUGAUGGGAAAACGUUAGGAAAUACAGCAAUAUAAAACGGUCUGGCGUGGA